AUGAGCGCCACCGAAGUAAAGGCGUCCGUUCUCCACGGAGCUGGGGAUCUCCGAGUUCAAGUCCGAUCGCUGCCUGACCCCGCGGCGGACGAAGUGCAGAUAGCUGUGAAAGCAACGGGUCUCUGCGGUUCAGAUCUACACUACUUCCGACAUUUUCGAAAUGGCCAGAUUCAAGUCCGGGAGCCGUUGACGUUAGGCCAUGAAUCGGCGGGCGUGGUUGUCGCUGUCCCGGCUACAGGGUCGCCGUUUAAGGUCGGCGACCGUGUGGCCCUCGAAGUCGGCUUACCCUGCGAAAAUUGCGAGCUAUGUCGCGAAGGUCGUUACAACCUAUGCCGUGGCAUGAAUUUCCGUAGCUCUGCUAAGGCCUUCCCACACGCACAAGGGACCUUGCAGGAGAGGGUGAACCACCCAGCUAGAUGGUGUCAUAAGCUACCAGAUUCUCUGACUCUAGCACAUGGCGCGCUCGUCGAACCUCUGUCAGUCGCAAUGCACGCUAGGGAUCGAUCAGGCCUGAAGCAGGGGUCCACGGUAUUAGUGCUAGGCGCCGGAGCCAUGGGCCUGCUUUGCGCGGCUGUGAGCAAGGUAGCCGGAGCGAAGACUGUGGUUAUCGCAGAUAUUAUAGAGGAGCGCGUCAAGUUCGCCGUAGAGAACGGGUUCGCUGACGUCGCCUUCACGGUGCCCAUUGUGUCUCCGAGACCGGAAACGAUCGAAGAUAAAUUGUCAUAUGCGCAGGAUGUUGCUGAGAAACUGAAGGCUUUGAGGGUGGAAGGAGGGAACGAGGAAAUCGGCGAAGUCUCUAUUACGCUUGAGUGCACAGGCGUUGAAUCAUGCAUGCAGACGGCCAUAUAUGCAACGCAACCCGGUGGGAAAGUCAUGAUUAUCGGAAUGGGUACUCCUGUCCAAACACUGCCGAUUUCGGCGGCGUCACUCAAGGAAGUCGACUUGGUCGGCGUGUUUCGAUACGCUAAUACGUAUCGUAAAGCCAUCGACUUACUUGCAAGCGGGAACCCACUACUACCUGAUGUACAGAAAAUUGUCACUCACAGACAAAAGGGUCUUGACAGUAUACCAAGAGCGUUUGAUACGGCUGCUAAAGUAAAGGAUGAAGGGGGGAACUUGGUUAUCAAAGUUUUGGUAGAUAUGACGGAAUAG